CCACGCAAAAGUGUCGAACACUCAACAGUCAACACAUUGAUUAAUUGAACAUCUCGGAUGCUGCCAUCCACACAAACUAGAAGCCAAUCAAUCAGAGCCAGUACAGGAACGAAGGGCACCUUCCAGCCACGGCAUGGAGAAGAGCAAGGCUCUUGUCGUGGGCGGCACGGGCUUCAUCGGCCGUCGGCUCGUCGCGGCGAGCCUGGCGCAGGGCCACCCGACGUUCGUCCUGAUGCGGCCGGAGAUCGGCGUCGACGUCGACAAGCUCCAGACGCUGCUGUCCUUCAAGGCCAAAGGGGCGCGCCUGGUGGAGGCGUCGCUCGACGACCACGCGGGGCUCGUCGCAGCCGUGAGGCAGGUCGACGUGGUCCUGUCGGCCUUGUCCGGGACGCACCUCCCCAGCCAGCACAAGCUCGUCGAGGCGAUCAAGGAGGCUGGGAACGUCAAGCGUUUCCUACCAUCGGAAUUCGGCACGGACCCGUCGAGGAUGGAGCAUGCUCUUGAACCAGGAAGAAUUACCUUCGACGAGAAGAUGGAGGUACGGAGGGCGAUAGAGGCGGCGAGCAUUCCCCACACUUACAUUUCUGCCAAUUGCUUCGCCGCCUACUUUGGUCCGAACCUCGCCCAAAUCGGCACUCUUCUGCCUCCCAAAGAGAAGGUUCGUGUGUAUGGAGAUGGCAAUGUCAAAGCGAUUUUUGUGGAUGAAGAUGAUGUGGCAACAUAUACAAUGAAGACCAUAGAUGAUCCUCGCGCCUUGAAUAAGACAAUAUACCUAAGGCCACCGGAGAACAUCCUUUCUCAGUGGGACCUGAUCGUGAAAUGGGAAAAACUCUCUGGAAAUGUUCUUGAGAAAAUCUACAUUCCGGUUGAUGAGUUCUUGGCUUCAAUGAAAGAUAUGGAUUUUGGCGGUCAAAUCAUAAUGGGACACUUCUACCAUUUCUUCUAUGAAGGUUGCCUGACAAAUUUUGACAUUGGGGAGGACGGAGCAGAAGCAACUCUUCUGUACCCGGAUGUUGAGUACACCCGCAUGGAUGACUAUAUGAAAAGAUAUCUGUAAUUUGUAAUGCUUUUUUAUGGAAUAAUUUGUAAUGCUUUUGGUGACCUAUCUUAUCAUAUCAGAAUCUGUAGACACUGUGUCCGGAAAUAUAAGGUGUUACGUCGCACAAUGGCAUGAUACUACUUUGAUCUGUAAUCAAGCUAUCAUAAAGAACGUGCAUAGGGGAUGUCAACAAUCAAAAAUAUGGUUUCUUGUCCA